GGUAAGUAUGCCCUACAGAAAAUCAUGAACUAUAUUCACAUUAGUCAUAUACACAUGUAUGGUGAAGCACCAGAUUAUUUACUUCUUUGCACUUCAGUGGAGCGUUAUGGAUACUACAGGAUGGAGGCAAGCAUUGAGAAUUGCAACAGAUUUUCCCCAUAUGACUCUUCGUUUAGCUUCUUUUGCAUAUCGUGAGUACAUUUCUGAGCUGCGGAACGAUGCGGCGCUCAAGGACCUAGAUCUUGUGUAUUUUGAGAUCUGGAGACUUGUUGUUAAGGAUAAUAAAAGUUACAUGGAUGCCGUGAAGUUGGUACAUGAAACGGAGAAGUUCCAUAUGCACAAACGUACAAUGGAGGCUGAACUGACGGGGGCUCCUGUCUUUGUGACACUGAAACACAGGGCAAGUUGUUCUCUUUAUUAA